AAGAAGAAGCGAGUUGGCACGUGAUUGGUUCACUGGGCAGCAUGGCGUUUGAAUGGGAGCAGGAAGAGCUAUGACAGCAAGAGAUGAGAAGGUUAUUCGUUAUUUAGUGAAGUGUACUAGUGGUACGGAGUUUUAGAUACCAGUUAAUGUGGUUUUCAAGGCACCGAACCUAUCCAGGGUAUGCCUUAAUAACAAAAUAAAAUUCAUUCAGAGAGUCUGAUGAGGGGCCGCUCACAACAGGCAGGAUGCAGCAGAAGAGGAACGUUCAGAUCAUUGAGUGGGAGGACCUUGAUAAAAAGAARUUCUACUCGUUCGGGUUAUUUAUGACAAUGACCAUCCGGGCCACCGUCUACCCAGCUACACUGAUCCGCACUCGGCUGCAAGUGCAGAGAGGAAAGUCGCUCUACAGCGGCACCUUUGAUGCCUUCUUCAAGAUCCUGCGGGCGGAGGGAGUUGGAGGCCUGUACCGCGGCUUCAUGGUCAACACCUUCACGCUCAUCUCAGGCCAGGCUUACAUCACCACCUAUGAGCUGGUGAGGAAAUACGUUUCCCAGUAUUCUGAGGACAAUACAGUCAAGUCGCUUGUGGCGGGGGGCUCAGCUUCCCUGGUUGCUCAGAGCAUCACUGUACCCAUAGACGUGGUGUCGCAGCAGCUGAUGAUGCAGGGCCAAGGGCAGCACCUCACUCGCUUUCGACUCCCUACUGACUCAGACGCUGGAAAGGCGAAAAAAGUUUUUGGCCAAACCAGAAAUAUUAUGGCUCAGAUUUUUGCUGUAGAUGGCUUGCGGGGAUUCUACAGGGGAUACGUGGCUUCUUUACUUACAUACAUCCCAAACAGUGCAGUCUGGUGGCCUUUCUAUCACUUCUAUGCUGAGCAACUCUCUAAACUGGCUCCCAGUGACUGCCCUCACCUGGUCCUUCAAGCCAUGGCUGGACCUUUAGCUGCUGCCACUGCCUCCACCGUCACCAACCCAAUGGAUGUGGUCAGAGCCAGAGUGCAGGUUGAAGGGAGAACUUCAGUCAUCGAGACGUUCAAGCAGCUGAUCAAAGAGGAGGGCUUCUGGGGACUAACCAAAGGACUGUCGGCACGCAUCAUUUCCUCCACGCCCACCGCCAUCGUCAUGGUUGUUGGCUACGAGACGCUGAAAAAACUGAGCCUGCGUCCUGAGCUGGUGGAUUCAAGGCACUGGUAAAAAAAAGGAUAAACAUGGACCCUGUGACAUUUUUAACCCUAAUCUUUAACUCAAACUUCCUGGGAGAGCGCAGGAUAAAUGAUGUUUGUUCCAGAGGAAACAGCGUGGGAACAUACAAUCAGUUAUUUUAAUCAUUUUCAUUUUAAACUUUUGUUCAGGCAUUCAUUAGUUGUGAAUGUGUUGCUGCUUGGUGCAACAACGAAACAGCGAAGCAAAAUGAUACACAUUUAAAUCUACUUUAUAUUGUCGGUCAUGUGAUUUCAGUUCAGGUAUUUUUGUGUUUGUUUAAAAUGUGAGACUGAUUAUUUUUAAGUGACUAAUAACCUGUUUGUGUUGUCCUCCCGAGAGGUUUUGACUGGAGACGGUGAAAAAGGUCUAACAUCUUAAAAAGACGCACUCAUGUCGGCUGUAAACAAACCAUUUUUUAAAACUUUUUUUUAUGUCAAACUGGCUUUGAUGCCUUUUUAAUGUUGCCUUCUCUCUGUGAAGUCUGGACGAUCUGAUUUUUGUUAUUCGUGGGAAAACGUGAGCCAGAAGAAAGAGAAUUUUUAACACGGUCAUUUUUUGUUCAGUUUUCUCGUGUCACAGAUUUCUUGCUUAAACUCAAUAUAGCAUAGCAUUUUUCUGCAACAUGAAUUUGCAUUAUGCUGGUUGCAGAAAUGAAUGCAGCUGACUUGGUGUGCUCGUGGGCAGUGAUGUUCGUAUAAUUCACGUAUUUUAAUUAAGUUGAUCUUUUGGUUGAAACCUUGUAAAGAAAACUACCAGCAUCUUCAUGGGACAGUAUUUGAGUGCAAAAAUAUUUGAUCCUUUUUAGGACAAAAUGUGAUCAUUUACUGCCCGUUUGUGUAACGUGUCUCUAAAGGAGCGUCCAACCUAAUUUAUUUGAUUUUGGUCUGUGUGUUUUUCAUGGUUUUCGGUAUAAUAGCCACUAAAUAUGUUUUGUGAGCUUUUGCUCUGUUUUUGUUUUUACUUUGUAAGAACUGAUCCUGCAGUCUGCUGCUUUUGUAUUUGUUUUAAAAUCUUUUAAUCAAAGAGUUAUAAUGUAGUUUUAUUUUAAGUUGACAAAAGUGCAAUUUGUAGRAAUGAUAUUUUUACACAUGUGCGCCAUUUUACAGAUGUGCUCACUUCAAUUAUUGCAGGAAAGGCUGAGGAGGGGAAAAAGUGGCUUUAGUUUGAUUCCAGAUUCAGAAGAAGCCAUAACUGCACAGACUUUAAUAACAGGUGGUAAUAAAUAAAAACCCUGCAGGUUUCUGUAAUAUUUACCAACUACUGGUCUCCUUCAUUUUGCACAGCUUUUUAUUUCACUGAAAAUGUUGUGAUUUGGUGACAACCUGCCCUCUUCUGUUGAUGUAAAACUCAUGUGGUCUCACUAACGUGUCAGUUUUAGAUAUUUCACUAGUAAAACACCCGGAGUGCUGAACGAA